AUGGCCAAAUGCUAUGGGUAUGGGUAUGGUAUGUCCAGCGGACCGGGUUCCAUUAAAAAACCCCCCCAGUCGUACCAUUCGAAAAUGCGUGGAUGCUGUGGGAGAGAGCUCGGACAUGUGUAUAUUCUGGACACAGAGCUCGACAGAGGCAGCAACUCGUCAUCGGUUAUAUCGGUGCAUGAAGAAAGAGCAGUGCGACAGAGUUCAGUGGCAGCCCACGCCCGCGUUAUGAUUUUGUGGCCAUUUUAUAACUAA